CGGGGCCUCCCCGGGGCCAGUACGCGGCCGCGUAGCUAGACUUGCCCAUCCCUCACCCCCGAGGAGAGCUGGCGCCACCAUGGAGGAGUACCAUCGCCCCUGCGACGAGGUCGGCUUCAGUGCUGAUGAAGCCCACAAUAUCGUUAAAGAGUGUAUAGAUGGGGUCUUGGGAGGUGAAGAUUAUAAUCAUAACAACAUCAACCAAUGGACCGCAAGCAUAGUGGAGCAAUCCUUAGCACAUCUGGUUAAGUUGGGAAAAGCUUAUAAGUAUAUUGUGACCUGUGCGGUGGUCCAGAGGAGUGCAUAUGGCUUUCACACAGCCAGCUCAUGUUUUUGGGACACCACAUCUGAUGGAACCUGUACUGUAAGAUGGGAAAACCGAACCAUGAACUGUAUUGUCAAUGUCUUUGCCAUUGCUAUUGUCCUGUAACAGGCUAAAAAUGUUCGGCCGAAACCAUUAACAAGAAUUUGUCACUGUAUCCUUUCUAAAAAGAGUAACAGUUACUUAUUCGUGUGCUAGAUGACAAGUGUGCAAUAUGCUUCAAAACUAUCAACAAAAACUGAAUAGUGCAAGCAAGCAAUCUCAUAGGAAGUUGGCAGAUUAUCUCAUAUUCCAUACGGCAUCAUUUAAAUAGGAAGACCUCAACAUUAGCAAAAAACACAGAAAUAUGGCAUGACAUGAAAAUACAAUCUUAUAUUUACACCGGCUUUUCACUAAUAGUAUGUACCUAAGGAGAUGGGGAAAUCCAUUCAGAUAAUUAAAUUCUCUUUCAGCUAGAAAAGUUAACAGGGAUAAAUAUAUGAACAAAAAUACUGCAAGGAUAAAUGUGGAGAAAAUGAUAAUAAUUAGUUAACACUUCUUAGUUUUUUAUUUCUCCUUCUUAGUUGUACAUACGAUUUAGUGGAAAGUAAUUCCAUUCUUUUUUUUUUUCGGCCGUGCCACGCAGCUUGUGGGUUCUUAGUUCCCCAACCAGGGGUUGAACCUGGGCCCUCGGCAGUGAAAGCACAGAGUCCUAACCACGGGACAGCCAGGGAAUUCCCUUAAAUCAGUUUUUUAAAUUUCAAAUUCUUAUUUACAUUUGAGGGCGAAUUAAAUCAGGUAACCUGAAUUCCCUAGGUAAACAAGAUUAGUUACAGUGUAUGAUGAAAAGUAUAUGACUCUAACAGCUGCCUUACACUUCAUUCCUUCCAUUUGGAACAAAUAUUUACUGAAUGUUAUGAGCUAUUUCUCUGCUAAUUAUAGUUAUCAAUAUGCUGUUCAAAUUCUAAGUUUCUUUUGGUACCUAUUCAGUUGGACAACUAACAUUUAUGUUUGGGAAGGAAAAAAAA